AAGUUGUCCGGGCGAAGAACAUGCGUGCGCUCCUGCUCCUAUUCGUCUUGGUUGGCAUGGACGCUGCCCCCUCGGAGCGGCUCUUGCUCGGCGCCCUAGGCCUCUCGGAGCCGCCGUCCGCCCCCGAUGGUGCCCCUGGGUCCCGAUCCCCGCGCCACGACGUCCCACCGGCCCUUUGGAAGAUGUUCUGGAGGUCGCAGCGCGCCCAGGUCGACGAAGGCGAGCCGUGCAUGGUGUCCGAGUACGGCGUCCGUGGCAACAUCAUCAGAUAUGUGCAAGACCAAGGUGGCGUUGUUCCUGGUUCUGGCGUAGCAUGCCCGGGCUGUGUGGACCAGCAUCUCUUUUUCAAUCUUGCGGCCCUGGAGUCCUCGGAAGUCUUGUCUCUGGCCCAGUUGCACAUCCACUUCCUGUGGAGGGCCGGACCCAGGGGCUCUGCUAGGAUGGCAACCCUGUUGCAAAGUGGUCCAACCGUCAGUGCCGUUCUGUAUAAGAUGGUCCGGCCCACGCUAAAAGGCGCCAACCCUCGGGCCAACCGCCGCCUUCUGCUGUCCCAGUCAGUCCAGUUGGGCCUUGAGGUGGUGUCGGUCACCUUGGACGUCACCGCCCUGGCCGAGUCCUGGCGCCACCGAGCACGCAAUUAUGGUCUGCUUUUGGAACUCCGGCCUCUUAAUGCUGACCCGGACCAGUCCUGGGUAGCGCCAUCUGUGCAGGCCUCGCUGGUGGCAGUGUCGCUCCACCCGCAGCAGUGCCGUUCCCGGCAGCGGAGGAGCGCUGCCCACAGCCUGCCUCCCGUUUCGCCCAGCAACAUUUGCAAGGCUCGCCGACUCUAUGUGGACUUCAAGGACGUAGGCUGGCAGGAUUGGAUCAUCGCACCGCAGGGCUACGUUGCAAACUAUUGUCACGGUGAGUGUCCCUUCCCUCUCAGUGACAGUUUGAACAGCACCAACCACGCCAUCCUGCAGACUUUGGUUCAUUCGCUGGAUCCGGGAAGCACCCCUCAGCCCUGCUGUGUGCCCGUCCGCUUCUCGCCCAUCUCCAUGCUCUACUAUGACAACAAUGACAACGUAGUGCUGCGCCACUAUCAGGACAUGGUGGUGGAUGAAUGCGGAUGCAGAUGACUGAAGCUCGAUACUCCCAUCCACUCCGCGGCUGCGCUGCUCUACCAAUUUUUAAAUGAUGCGAAUAAAGUUUUGAAUUAAAAACGUGAA